AGAGAGAGAGAUAGACUAUAUAACUGUCAUAUAUAUAUAUAUAUAUACGUAUCUGUGCUGUUUCGUGUUGGAGUUAUAUAAUUAUAAGUUUAUUAUGGGUAGGGCUCCAUGUUGUGAGGAGAGUAGUGGAGUGAAGAAAGGGCCAUGGACACCAGAAGAAGAUCAGAAGCUUGUGGAAUAUAUCAGCAAGCAUGGCCAUGGAAGUUGGAGGACACUUCCAAAGCAUGCUGGCCUCAAUAGGUGUGGCAAGAGCUGCAGGCUAAGGUGGGCUAAUUAUCUCAGGCCUGAUAUCAAGAGAGGUAAAUUUUCUGAAGAAGAAGACCGAAUCAUCAUCAACCUUCAUUCAGUUCUCGGAAACAAGUGGUCAAAGAUUGCAGGCCAUCUUCCAGGAAGAACAGAUAAUGAAAUAAAGAACUACUGGAACACCCACAUAAGGAAGAAGCUGCUUCAGAUGGGCAUUGACCCAGAAACUCACAAACCCAGAACUGACUUCAAUCACCUUAUCAGUCUCUCUCAUUUGCUUGGAAUCUCAUCAAACCAUAUGGGUCCUUGGGUUAACAAUAUUAAUCCUCUGGCUUCACAAUUAGAUCUCACUACUCAGUUAACCAAAGUCCAACUUCUGCAAAACCUGCUGCAAAUUGUUAAUGCAAACCCUUACCUCUUAGGCAAUAGUCAUAGCCUCAACCCACUUCAACUGCAAUCCCUUAUGAAUGGGACUACUGGAGGUCAAGAACAUGUAAACCCAGAUGGCCUAUUAUUUCCCCAAGCACACAAUGAGUCUCAAGAGGGUAUUUCAAAGCCGUGGACUGAUGUACAAGGAGUGUGUGGUUUAGAAAGUUUUGGUUUUAAUAAUGGUAGCAACAUUUAUACUAUUCCACAUCAGAGCCAGUCAUUGGAAAUGACAAUACCUGCUCUAGUCUCAGCGUCUCCGGUGAUCGGCUCAGCCAUCAAGCAAGUUGACGGUAGCUGCAAUACUGCUCAAGGGUCCACUGAUCAGUCAGCUAAUUCCUCUGCAAUGUUUGGGAGUUGGGAGAAACUCCUGGCUGAUGAAAUAACUGGUUCUGACUGGAAGGAGAUUCUUGAAUUAUCAUCAACUUUGGCGUCGCCAGUCUCUUGGUAGAGAUAUUGAAUAAUUGCCUUUUCUGGAGAUAAAAUUAUGGCGGGAACACACACAAGAUCUAUUCAUAGAAUUGUUCAUCCAAGAUGUUUUCUUUUUCUUUUUCUUUUUUCGGUUUUGAUAAUUUAGAUUCAUUACAAAAUUAUAUAUAUAUAUAUAUAUAUAGGAGGCUUAUAAUAAAUUUGUUUCUUUAAUUUGUGUACAAAACAGAAGAUAUACAUGUGCGUUCAUACGGACCAAUUGCAGGUUUUCUUUGAUUUGAUGAUGUUUAAUUUCAAGAGACACAUACUUGUAUCUAGUAUA